AUGCGCUUCUCCGCUGCCUUCAUCUCAACCCUCGUGCUGUCUGGCACUGCGUUGGCCGGCCCUAAUGUCCAGCCCAGUGUCAGCUCCGAGGCAGGAACGGAGACCACUUCUGUUGUCCACGUCCAGGAAAAUGUUGCCAAUGCUGCGAAUGCAGCUACGAGCUCAUCAGAAACCCCGGCCAUUCACCAAGCUGCUCCAACGACCGAAGUGAACAGCAAGAACGACGACGAUGUUGCUUCCAACACUGCCACCGCUGCACCGUCAACACAAGAGAGCAAGGAUGCUCCCCAGACAGUCCACGCGAACUCAGCCGAGUCGAAUAAAGAUCCCUUGAGCGUGGACAGCAUUAUCCCUUCUUCCACUGGCGCCAGCUCGCCGGCCGCGGAACCAACCGAGACACCCUCAUCGCAAGUAGCCAGCAGUGCUGCGAAUAGUGCCACUGGCAGUGUCACUGGCAACUCCAAGACGGCCACUGGCACCCAGUCUGCGACGCCCUUUGCUACCCCUGGUGGAUAUGCGAAUAGUAUCCACGCUGAUGGUGAUGACGAUGGGAAUCUGCUUUCGUUCGACGGCACCUUCCUCGACUCUUUCAAGGACUUCGUGAGCUUCUUGGAAGGCGUUAAGGGCCUUCUGGCUCCUACUCUGCUAGGGGACAUCGAGUCAUUCUUCCACCACGUUGCCUACCUCCUCGAUGACAAGACCACGGACCAAACCAAGGCCUUGAUCGAUACUGCCUCCAGCCUCCUGACCAAGAGCCUGAUCAAUAAGCUUACUGGUCUGCUCGAAAACGCCAGCGAGCUCUUGACUGCGGACUUUAUCCAUGAAACCAAGAGUCUCAUCGGCACUGUCGCCCCCGUGCUUACGCCCGAGCUGUUCAAGGAGAUCAACAGCCUUCUUGAGAAUGGCAACAACCUCUUGAGUCCCGAUUUUGUUAAGGAAACUAAGGGCCUCAUCAACACCGUGGCUCCUUAUGUGACACCCGACCUGCUGAAGGAGGUGAAUACCCUUCUCAAGAACGGCAAUACCCUCCUGUCCCCCAGCUUUAUCAAGGAGACUAAGGGACUCAUCAACACUGUCGCACCUGCUGUUACUCCUGAACUCCUGAAGGAAGUCAACAGCCUGCUCCAGAAUGGCAACAGCUUGCUCAGCCCCGACUUCGUCAAAGAAACCAAGGGCCUGAUCAACACCGUUGCCCCAGCCGUUACCCCCGAGCUCCUAAAGGAAGUCAACAGUCUUCUUCAGAACGGCAACAGCCUGCUUACCGCCGGUUUUGUCAAGGAAACAAAGGGUCUUAUCGACACCGUUGCUCCCGUGGUCACAUCCGAGCUUCUCAAGGAAGUCAACAGCCUUCUUACCAAUGCCAACGCACUCUUGACUCCGUCCUUCGUCAAGACCACUGGCGGACUGAUCGACGGUAUAUCGCCCAUGAUCACUCCCGAGCUGCUGGACAACGUAUCGUAUCUGCUGGGCAAUGGCACGAGUCUCUUGAGCCCUGGUUUCGUCAACGAUACCCGGACUUUGGUCACUGGUGUUGCGCCGGUCAUUACCCCCGAUCUGCUGGCUAAGGUUGGAAACCUGCUUGGUAACGCGAAUGAUCUACUUUCGCCCAAGUUUGUGAAUGAGACGGAGACUUUGAUCGAGGAUGCUUCUGAGCUGCUGCCGCUCGCCAUGAAGUUGAUUGAUUCUUUGUAA